UGAUAUUUACUUUAGGAUAAUAAAAUUGCUUUAUCAAAGUUUUAACAAUAGUUAGUGAACAUUUUUACCUAUACCGUUUUAAAUAUUUUAGUCAUUUAUUUUGUUUACAAAGUGGCAGUUGUAAAUUAUAUAAAUAUAAGCAAUCACGGACGGUUUGAAAGCUUUACACACAACAUUUAUAACAUGGACACACGGACGGUUUGAAAGCUUUACACACAACAUUUAUAACCCGGACAUACACACACACUGGAACAAAUAUUUAGGUGUGUUUUCAGUUUUGUUGGAGCUUCGUUAGAAACAGACUUAAAAUUGGACUGAAACGUUGUAUACCUAUAAAGUAUGUGGGUUAUUCUAGUACAGAACAUGAGUUAGAACAUUAAACAUGGGCACCCUUCAAGCCUCUCAGCAAACAAACGACAGUUAUGUGAUGUUCAUGUUUCAGCUUUUUCAGAAAGGCAUGAUCUUCUCUGCUCUCGUGGCCGGCGUCAUAUGUUGCGGUCACCUAGUUUUUGUCCGCAGAAAGUACUGCCGAAAUACUACGACGCUGUUCGCGGUGGUGCUCUCCGGAUUUUUGCAUCUGAUCGCGAGCGUGUGUAUGCUGACAAUUGCUGAGAAGAACACGGAAAUACGCGUAGAAGAUGGGCCUCCCAGCGUCGGCUCGUGCUUUGAUUACUCGAUGACGGCGGUUUGUGCAAACACAGUGGUGCUCCUGGCUAUCAUUCAUAAUGUGUUUGUUCAGAACUUUAAAUGGUUGGUGUCUUCUUGUCUAGCAUACGCAGGAAUACUUGGUUGCGUCAUCACAGGAAGUUUUUUCGUCAUCAAAAGAAUGCCGCAAAACUCUUCAUUUCCAGUUGCACAAACUACUCUAGUGACACUUGGGGCUUCCAGGAGUCAGCACAUGAAUGUAUUUCUGUCCGUGUGUCAGAAAAACGUCAACGAGGAGAGAUGGGCUAUUUUUGCCGAAUAUAUGCUCAUAUACGUCCCAGUCAUCGUCACAGUUUUGACUGCUCUCUGCAUGAACAGGACAAAACAGACUGAUGUCACCAUCACAGAGUUAAAGAUUAUUUCAAACAGAGAGUGCAAGGCUUUAGGGUGUGACUGCAAUUGUGUUAAAUUGAACUCAGUCAUGAUUGCUGUUCUUUCAUAUUUUACUCUAGUCUUACUCAUUGUAAAUCCAGGAUACAUUCUGUAUGCGGCCGCAACUUCAGGUUUCUUCUGGGACAUUUUUCCAAGUGUGUUACAGAUAGUAAUUUAUACUUCUUUUUGCUCAGAUUAUGUAAGAAAGGUCCUGUUAUGAUCACACUAUUGAAAUAAUGAGGUGAAAUCGAACGGCAAUUGUAAACACACGAGGAAACUUAGAAUGCAGAUUCGAUUAGCUGUUAUUUUUUGUCGACAUGUUUCUUUGAGAUGUGUAGGUUAAAAGAAAUAAAAUUAAUUGUUAAUUACCACAAAACUGAAAUAUAAUGCGCACAUACUGUGGUAUUGCGUUUGUAAGUAUGUUUCGUGCUCAUUUAAAAGGUCUGUGAUGGUAAUAUCAAAUUAAAAAAUAUUUAAUUUUGAUGUAUCAGAUACAUGUACGUUAUGUAACAGGCCCAUCAUACGCUUUUGAAAAAUAUGUCUUUUAACGAAAGUCUCAGAUACACUGCUGCUGUAAGCUCAUAUACGGCAUCGAAUCGGUAUCUUUAAGGUUUGUUUUUCCUUCGGAUAGUUCAGAAUACGUAGCAAAUUAUAAUAUUCGGCCAUCUCACAUGGUGCUUAGGCGUUGGAAGACAAGAGCCGAUUGGGAGACAGAAAGGCAAUCAAAAUCUAACCACUGUGCACACCUUAGAACAUAUAGGCGGUUUAGGCAACGCUCAUCAAACUUUGCAGCUUCCCAGUCAGAGGGCAUGACUCGUUAUAAUUACAAUCACGACGAGGGUCACGAUGACAUUGGCGAGAAUAUAUACCCCGCUGAUUACUACAAUCGUUACGAUUGAUUAGAUGAUGUAUAUUUACGUGCUGAAUACUACAGAAGAUUGUAUUGUGGUGUUGUUGGCGAAAAAAGAAGCGCUUAUCUCUUUCUACU